CAGUGUCAACUGUCAAAAUCCACAACGCGUUGCGAGUGGACGCGUCGUUCACGUAUUUACAAAAUAUGAAAUUGCCGGUGCGAAAGUGUUAUUAUGUGGCAAAAGUUAGUUUCUUCUUAAUUUUAGUUUGUUUAAUAUUAAGUUUGUUCGAACAUUAUCGUGGUGGUAAAAGAACUGUUAAAACGCAGACCGAAGAGCAAAAUGAAUUUGAAAAGCAGAUUCUGGAAGACGAGACCAGGAUUAUUCCCGAUUUGGGAGAAGGUGGUGUGGCAGCACAUUUGUUUGGUGAUGCGAAACGACUUGGGGAGGAAUCUGAGAAGCAACUGGCGAUUAAUGUGUAUUUGAGCGAUCGCAUUCCGUAUAAUCGCUCUCUAGAGGAUCAUCGUAAUCCUGCAUGUAAGCGUGUAUUAUAUGAUGCUGAGCUACCAUCUGCAUCUGUGAUAAUAAUCUUUCACAAUGAGCCAUAUUCAGUGGUUGUAAGGACUAUAUGGAGCGUUGUGAAUAGUGCAAGAAGGAACCAGCCCUGGUAUAGAAGGGUGAACUAUGUUGAUAGGAAUACAGGGGCCAAAAUGACAAUGGGGUAUCCCGGCCAAGACCCAUCAUCACCAUUUGUAUAAUUAAAAGAAAUAAUAUUAGUUGACGAUAACUCAACAUUACCUGAACUAAAAGGUAAACUUAGUCAUUACAUACGAACCAGAAUUCCACCAGACCUGAUCAAGAUAUUACGGUUGCCUGAUCGGCAAGGUCUCAUGAGGGCACGAAUGCGUGGCGCGCGAAAGGCCAGAGGCGACGUGUUAAUAUUUCUGGACGCGCACUGCGAGGCCGCUCCCGAUUGGUUGAGGCCACUGUUGCAAAGGAUCUCGCACAAACGGGACGCGGUCGUGACACCGUUGAUCGAUGUCAUAGAUCAGACGACGUUUCAACUUGAGGCCGCUGAGCAGUUUCAGGUGGGAGGGUUCACGUUCAUGGGUCAUUUCACGUGGAUUGAUGUUCCCGAAUGGGAGAAGAAACGGCGCGGAUCAGAUAUUGCCCCUACAUGGCGGCGGUACCCUCGAAACAAUUCCAUGUUCACGGGUUGGACAUGUGUUUCGAUCGUUCCAUCCAUAUGGCCUGCCUGCACACACAGACACGCACGGAAUUAACACAGCCCGAAUGGCCGAUGUGUGGAUGGAUGAAUAUGCUGAAUUAUUUUAUCUCCAUCGACCAGAUUUGAGGAAUAACCCAAAAAUCGGUGACGUGACACAUAGAAAGGUGCUCCGGGAGAAGCUCAAAUGCAAGAGCUUCGCGUGGUAUCUCCAACAUGUUUAUAAGGAUAAAUUUGUGCCCGUCAGAGACGUCUUCGGAUUCGGCAGGUUCCGCAAUCCGUCCGGUCUCUGCCUGGACAGUCUCCAACGCGAGGGCGAAGGCUCUCCUCUCGGCUCUUACCCUUGUCACAACACCCUCGAAGCCACUCAGUACUUCGCUCUUUCACUGAAAGGAGAACUGAGGGACGAGGAGAGAUGCGCUGAAUUGCAAUAUAUGAGACGUGCUCCGGGCGAAAACGAAGCCAGCGGUCGGCGGGUGCUCAUGGUCACCUGCCACGGCAAACUGAGAGGCCAGAGAUGGCGCUACCUGCCCUCUAAACAGCUUCAGCACAUUGAGACUAGCCUAUGUCUGACGUCGCCGAGGGAAGCGGGCGGUGACGUCACGGCGGCCAAGUGUGUGCCGGGUGUGGAGCAGAAAUGGUCCAUAGACUAUACUGAGGAGAAUGACUUUAGACUUGACAAUAAAGGUGAACCGAGUGAACAAGAACUCAGAUUGCAGAAGUUGAGAGGGCAGAGACGCAUCUCCCGUUCUCUAUUAUCAGUGAACGAAACGGACCAACGUCGACACAGAAAGAGCAAAAAGAAGAGGAAGAAGGAUAAGUUUAUACUUAAAUUGGUGAGAAGAGCGAACGGCAGCGAGGAGCAUUUGGAGGUGGAUAUUUACUGCAAGCAUCGAACCCUGUACCCGAAUAACAGCUUCGUGAGGGACAUCGUCAGCGUGCUCAACGAUAGGGAUAUUACGGUUAUCAACAAUGGGCGUGUGUUCGAAAAACAUCGAGUCUCACCACUCCAUACGCAUGCGCACGCACAUAAACACAAAUCGCACAAAGAAAUCCAGCCGAAGAAAGUGAAACCGGACGUUCGAGUGAUAAAAACGAGUAUAACCGAGAAACCGGUUCACCCGGUCGACACCGCCCCGGGCGUUGUGCGGUUGAACCAGGAUAACGAGAAGAAGAUUAUUAUUGAGGAUUUCGUGGAGAUCACUUCGAAGCCCACUCUCCACCCUAAGAGAAAACGAAAACAUCACAAGAAAAUACUACCGAUGAUUAAUAACGAUGUGUUAAAACCAAUAUCGAUUGAGGACUCGCCGUUAGAAGACACGAUGACUUCGCCACGGGCGCAUUCAGAUCCCGAACGACCGGAUGAUAUUUAUAAACGUUACGAUGAGAGCAGCGAUGACGCCGAUGAUGAAGACAAACCGGACACAGUUCUAUCACCGACGGAGGACGUUCGUAAAGACUUCCAAAGCGUCGAUGUGUCCGGAAUAGAUCUAGGCAAAGCGUCCGAGCGAACGUCAAAGUUGACGGACGCGACGGAUGAUAGUUUGCGGAUGAAGCCGGACGCGGGAGUGACAGAUGACAGUCUGACAGAUGUGACGUAUGUCAAAGGUGACACAAAGAGAUACAAAUUAAUGAGUGCUGAUGAUAAUUUGAUUAAAAAUUAUGAUAAACUACGCAGCGAGGAGAGCAUCGCUAAGGGGACGCAGAUACAGUCGAACGACGGUCGUCCCGUCCGUCUGGUGAUGAGAUCGAAUCUGACUUUCAACAUCGGCGAUGAGUUCUUCAACUGGAAGUUGGACGCUGACGAUGUCGCUAAUCUUCUCGGCGAGUUGACGAUGCCGAAUAAAACCACGGAACGCACAUCGACCGCCAGAACCGCUCGGCUGGACUCGUCUUCCGAGAGUUCCAGCCAAGAGGAGUGAACGGUUUUUUAUUUCGCCAAAAUGUCUGUUGUAUUAAACGUAGGUCGUAUUGUCUAUGAUCAUUGUAAAGAAAGAAUGUCGCUGUCCUUGUCUUGAAUUAUAAAAUUCGGCUUUAAGGGUACUCGUAAGACUGUGUAGUACUUAAAAUAUAUAUUAUUUUUAUAAUUACUAUAAGUAGAUUUGUACAUAUGCGAAUUUCAUUCAACAUUAAAUUGCAUUAAUAACUUUAUCGAUGGUAGCGCCCUCUAUCGACUACAUGUAGUAGUUUAAUUAAUUAAAAGUGAGCUAGUGGUCUAUUUUUAAUAAUUUAGUAAAUUGAUUAAAGCGCCAUCUGUCGUGGGAUAGUUAAAAUAAAAUUUAAUUCUAAAUAGCUGUUGUAUUUUGUGCUUUUUGCUUGAAGAAUGAAAAUAUGUACUUGUAAAACCACAUGAAGUUAGUUAUUUUUUAUUUUAAGAUGAGAAUUUUUCAGAGUAAGGGCACUGGUGUUAUCAAUUUAACUAAAACAAAAGUAUAAUAACACUUAUAAUUUAUAAGUAUUUCAAAUCUACUUGAUUCCCUAAAGGGAACGCAUUUGAAUAAAACUCGUUCGUCGUUACUACGACGCGUAAAUAUUACGAGUCGUUGAUUAUUCUAGAUAGAAUAUUGAAACCGUGGGCACUUAUCAGGUGGGUAGGGUAUUUCAUUUUGGAGGCGCGGGAUGUUACUUUAUAAAACUUUAUACCUAUAAGCUAAAUAUUUGAAGUGGUUAUAUAGUGGACUGUAUUUUUUCUUAUUGAUACCUAAUAUGAUUGCUCAAUAAUGGACAAUGGGAAAAAGAAAGAAAGGAUGUCGGCACAGUACCUUCAACCUCGUGGCUUCUUCUAGUGGCUUCUUUCCUUUGUUGUACACCAAUGAACAAUCACUUUCACAAAUUAUACUUAAUCAAGUUAAAAUUAAUUGAAUUUAAGUAUAGUUAAAGUUUAUAAUAAAAAAUUAAAUGUUUAAAAGAAAAAGGAAGCGUUGCGAGCGUGCGGCGAAUAAUCAACCAUAACGCGGGUCAUCAAAAUUGUCACUAAUUAAUUCUUAUUAGAGACUCAUCGACGUGCGCGCCACCUAUAGCCCGUUCCGGAACUAGUACCGACAUAGGAUUGGGACAUAAAAUAGGUGGGUGAUGAGACAUGCGUCUAGGAACUAUUAGGAUGGGUAUAUGUAUUGAGCAAUCAUUAUUUAAAAAUCAAAAAUUAUUAUAAAAAUAACAAUCCGGCGCAACCACAUUUUUUAUUUGACUCGAAAUAUUAAUAUGUUUCAAUUUGCUGUCUCUCUUACACUUAUGACAUUAUGAGCGAGACAGCAUUAUAUUUUUCAUUUGUAAUAAAUUAUAAUAAUUGUAUUAUCGUCUAUUAUGCAAUUUUAAGGUUUAAUUUCAAAACCUAAUUCCGUCCAUUAAAACUUAAUAUAUUGCCAUCUAUUUUGUUUUCACACCUACUCACCAGAUGGCGAUGUACUAAAAUUGUCAAUUGUAUGAAAUAUAUUUUAUUAAAGUUAAA